GGCGCAGUGGACACGUAAGAAGAAAAAUAAUACCGUUUCUGAGUCGUCUUUUGAGUUUCCUUCGCUGUUUCACGGAAGUAAACAAGAACAAAGUCAGACCAGCUGUCAGUUGCACUUUAUUCAUGUAUAAAGUUAAAGAGUUUUAGCCCAGGAUUAAAUCUAAACGCGAUGGUCAACAUCGGACUCAGGAAGGUCGAUGACGCGCUCGUGGAGAAACAUCCGGGGUUGCAGCAGUAUGCUGCCUGCCAGUCCCGUGCAUUUAUGAAAGGAACAGGAAGCUUCAUAAUUGGUACAAUAAGCAUGUUCUUAGCACAGCAAGCACUACAGAAAAGACUGAAAUAUCCGCUCCAGUGGAACCUUCUAGUGUCUAUUGUGGCGUCCUCAGUGUUCAGCUACACAGUAACACGUUGGGAGACGAUGAAGUGCACAGAGCUGUGGGUUUUCUUGGAAAAAGGAGAAGUACCUGAUUCCAGUCCACCAAAGGGUGAGCUUCUAACAUCUGCAGCUCCCAAAGUCACAAAAUACGGAGAUGCAAUGGAGUAAGUGGUAACUGUCAGUAUUGCUGCAAGUUCAGCGAACAGAAUGUGUGUUUUAGGAAUUUUGAAUUGAGUCCAUGUUGGAGGGUAUUCGAACUGUAUAUUGUUUAUUUUUUACUUUCUUCUGAUCAAAAAUGUUAAUAAAUGUACAAACCUGGACAUA